AUGAACUGGAAUGGAGAUAGAAAUAGGAUAAGAGUUUCAAGAUCUUUGAAUUGUUAUAAUGAAAAUAUACUCUCUAAUAUAAUACGUUCUAGAAAACUUGAAGUUACAGAUGAUAUCUCAGAAAUAAUAAGAACUAGUAAGGAGCUAAAGAAUAGGGUAGAUAAAAUAAAAGUAAGGAGAUUACUAAACAGUUUUUUUCAAAUAGUUCUUCUAAGUAAAACAUUUAAACAAUAUGUAAAAAGGUGGAAAUUACAGAAAAGAAUAAAAAGACAGCAAAAUAUUUAUUCAAGUGAACAGAAAGAAAUAAGAGAUGAAGUACUUCAUAUAAGACAAUUUCAGUUACCUUUUUUUUCCCAUCAGAAAAAAAAGGAGUUAGAUGAGCAUAAAGAGCCUUUUAGAUCAAGGAGUAGGUCUGUGUCUACAACUACUCCUAUUCCUAAAGAAGGUGUUGUAGAAAGGUGGUUGAUAAAAAAUCGUUUGAAAAGAAGUAAGAUAGAAAAUAAAGAGAUUAUUCAAAAAUAUAGACAAGAACAGGAACACAAGAUAGAAGAUUAUUUAAAAAAGUGGUUAAAAGGUAGAAAUAAAAGAGUACUCUUAGAUAUAAACAAAACUGAACUAGAUAAUUCACUGGAUUCAACAACAAAGUUAGUUCCAAUUCUAUCUUUAUCACCACCAUAUUUAGAUUCAAAUGAAAAUGAAACUAAGAAGAUACGUAUUGAUGAUAAGACUUUUGUGAAACCAAUUAUAAAAUUACCAUUAAAUACAUCGAAAAUGUGUUCAAAUUAUAAAAAUUGGAACUACUAUUGUUUUGAACUACACAAAAUUCGAAGUAGGCAAUUUAUUUGGUAUCAUAUAUUUGAAAAGGUUGAAAAAAGACGUUAUUUAAGAAAUCAAUAUUAUGAGCUUAUAUCUGUGAAAUUAUUAUCCAUAUUUAAAGCUCCAACUUCUUUACCUAAAAAAGAAAUGAGUCCUAUAUUAGAAACUGGAGGAAAAAAGAGUGUAACAAUUUUACAUGAUAUAUCUUGGACAUCAGAGCAACCUAAUGAAGAUUUGAUUUUGGAAUCUCUUAAAAAAAUGAUUCCAAAAGAGUUGGGAAAUUUACAAGGAUAUAAUUCCCAAUAUAAUGAAUUCUCAAGUAAAUCGGAUCAUAACAUGAAAAGUAUUGAACAAGAGGAACCUAGUAAAGUAAUAUUGAAUCCUAUAAAAAAUACUGAUGUUACUAAAUAUCCAUGUACUAAGAUGAUAUUUCCUAAAGAAAAGAAUGACCAAACUCAAAAGAUAAAAGUAGUUAAAAGCAUAUCGAAGUUGAAUAUCAAGGUAAAUAAAUCAGAUAUUGAAUUGAAAACUAAGGAAGUAAAGAGAGAAAAGCCAUCUUUUACAAUAGAAAGGCUAAUACAUGCGGAAUCUAAUAAUUUAUUAGUAUCUGAUAAUCAAACUGAAGAGCAAAAAGAGAAAUCAAAUAGUUUAAAUAAAGGAAGUAUUUGUAAAGUAACUAAAUUAAGAAAAAAUAAAAUUACUCUAAUGAAUAUUUAUCUGGACACAAUUAGAAUUCAAAAGGGUUGUUUGAGUUAUUCGCAUAAGUUACUUCGCAAAUGCAGAACACCAAAAAUAUAUGACAAUAAGAAGAUUUGUUUUGGAAAAUUUAGAGUAUUACCUAAAUCAAAUAUCAACAGAUAUAAUAAUAUUACUUAUGCAGGAAAGCGAUAUGUUAUUAGAUCAACAAAUAGAUUUGGACCCUUAAAAAAGUAUGGAGUUAGUAGUUUUAAAAGAUAUUCAAGAUAUAUUACUAUAAAUGAAAAAAGAAAAAGUGAUUAUUUAAGUCUUAAACUUUUUUUAAAAGAUAAAAAAGAUGAAUAUAUGAGUUAUUUUCUUCAAGAAUGUGAAAAGUAUGUAAGAGCUCUACAUAAACAUCAUGAACUCAUAUCAAUUUUUCAACUAGUUAUAAGCAAAUAUAAUAUGAGUGAACUUGGUCAAAUGAUGAAGUAUACAUUACAAGGUAAACUAUCACAUCUGGAAAGAUGUGUCGAUGAAGUAUUUGGGGAACUCUUGGUUAAUGGAGAUCUUUGUAUAGAAACUGAACAAGAAAAUGAUUUUGGUGAUUUAUCAGCUGAAUACAAGCUUCAAGAUAAAAUCCGAAGACUUCGUUAUAUCUUAAAUGAAGAAUAUAAGGUAAUCCAUAAUAAAAUAACUACUAAAUUACCAAAGUAUGAGAUGGGAGUAAAAGAUGAAACAAAGAGUUUAUGGGAUAAGUUGUCAGGAAAGUUGGGAGGUAUUUCGGUUAUAUCAAACAUUUCAACUGACAAUUCUGAAGCUUUUGGUAAAGCCUCACAAUUCGUAUAUGAAAAUGAGGAUGAAAUAUUUAGGCAAAUAUAUUAUGGUAGUACCCUUAUGGAAGAAAAUUUAGAGCCUGUUUUAGAAGAUAAUUCAAUGACUUCAAGGGAAUUAUCUAAAAUAAAAAUACAUUCCUUGAGAUUUAAUAAUAACAGAUCUUGUAUUUUAUUCAAUGGAAUGCUUUCACCCUGGAUAAAACUUGCAAUUAUGCAAAAACCUUAG